AUGAAGCCGUGUGGGAGUGCUUCGAUUCAACUUGACCCAAUGGAAUCACUUUAUCUACAGUCACCUGGUUACCCAUCUGACGUCAUCACAUCAACAGACUGUGAAUGGACAAUAACAUCAUCAAAGAGUACAAGGAUACAAAUAACUGUGCAUGAUUUGCAAAUCUGGCCAUUCAGCGCUUCGUUCAGCAUUUCCGAUAUGACAUUUUCAAAUGACACACAGUACAUUAUACGAAAUCCACGCGAGGCCAAGCUACGUGAAGUUGUGUCUUACGGUCACGCGAUCAAAGUGACCUUUUGGGCAGAAGGCGCUGAUUGGUCAGCCGAAUCAGGGUCAAAGGUGAAUGCACGGUUCUCGCUGAAACUACUACAAGUUGUAGCAGAUUAUUCCCUUCAGAGCACCUGUAACAACAGAACCGCACAGUUUCUUUGCGACAGCGGAGACGCAUGUGUGGAUAUAGCAGGGCGCUGUGACGCCGUUUUGGAUUGCCCGGACCAAUCAGACGAGCGAAAUUGUGGUCAUUGGUGUCCAUUUAAUGAGCGCUGUAACAAUGGUACCACGUGUCUUCAAAGGAGAUUCCAUUGCGAUAGCAUCAUAGACUGUCCGAAUGGUGAAGAUGAACAAUUAUGCGAUCUUCGAUUGUGUCCACUAGGCUGCACGUGUAAAAUGAACAGUUUUCUGUACAUACCAAUGAUGGAAGUAAACUGCACAAGUCACCCUGACGCCCUCGGUGCUCUCAGGAAACUACCAAGACGCACAAAUGGAAUCAGAAUGAGGCGAGACCUAAUCACGGACUUGGAGCCCGGAUCAUUCGAUGCUUUACCGAACCUCAUCAUCCUGGAUGUAGAACAAAACCGUAUAUCGAGGUUGAAACAUGGUGUUUUUCGUCACUUAAAACUUCUAAUUAUUCUUAAGCUCAACAUGAAUGAAUUGGUUACCAUAGAUGCGGGAGUCUUUGAACCAUUGACGUCACUUGUUCACGUACUACGGCUAGACAGUAAUCGACUUGUAGAACUAAACGAAGACAUGUUCCGAGGGCUCGCAAAACUUAGAUAUCUGCGCCUGGCGAAUAACGAGAUUCAAACGCUGACAUCCAACACAUUCCGACACCUGAACAGCCUGCUCUCCUUGGAUCUCGUACAGAACCGUAUUACAUCCAUUGAGCCUGGUGCAUUUGCUGGGCUGGAUAAUCUAAAAGGAUUGCAUAUUUCGGAUAACUUGCUGACGGUUUUUCAACCCAACAUUUUCACUGGAUUGCAUUCGGUGGGUCACCUGGACAUAGGCGACAACCCAUGGACAGUUAUCAAACCUGGGGCGUUCAAUGGUCUAAGGAGUCUGGAAAUACUAGUUUUGAAGCGUCGCUCUAACGAGACAGUCGACUUCAUAGUGGAUAAACACGAACUGGAACAUAUGACAUACCUCACCUCAGUGUUGGUUGACGAUUCUAAAAUGUGUUGCCUCCUUGACACGAAAACCAUCGGAAUCGACAUUUGUGUUCCUGACAAUGAGUUCCAUACGGAGAUACCAUACCUGAGCUGCAACCGGAUUAUGCAUAGCUCCGUAUUACGGGUCUUCGUCUGGUGUCUUGGAUUUAGCGCCCUCAUCGGCAACGCUGGAAUUAUUGUAUGGAGACUAAACAAGAAAGACUCGGGCAAGCGUUCGCAAUCGGUCCUCAUUCUCAAUCUGGCUGUAUCGGAUCUCAUCAUGGGCGUGUACAUGUUGAUAGUCGGUGGAGCUGACGUUCAUUAUCAGGAUGAUUACUUUCUCCAUGCGAACGAGUGGAAGUCGAGUCCCAUAUGUAAAUUCGCUGGUUUCCUGUCGAUGCUAAGCUCAGAGGCAUCGGUGUUCUUCAUUACAAUGAUCAGCAUCGAUCGAUUCCUAUGCGUGGUAUUCCCAUUUGGGAAAAAAUGGUUCCGAUUAGAAUCGGCCCGAGUAGCAACACUCGUCAUGUGGUGUAUAGCCCUAGCCAUCAGCCUCCCUCCAGUGUUUUUACAGGAUUUACUCGACGGCAAGAACCAGACAUUCUACGGGCUGUAUGAUAUAUGUGUAGGGCUGCCUCUUGUGAUCAAACCUAGGACAGGUUCAUCAAACAAAACUCUUCUUGAGGAAACAUUUCUGAACCAAACCGUCACCCAGAAGGCCGGGCCUUCCUGGAUAUUCUCAGCCACUGUGUACUUGGGGAUUAACUUCGCCUGUUGCCUGGUAGUCAUCGUAUGUUACUCCGCAAUAGCGUUCGUAGUCAUCAUCAAGUUACCAGCGAAGAAGUUACACGCGAGGAAAGACAGAGAGCACCGCAGAAGGGAGAUGACCAUGGCUACGCGCAUGCUCCUUAUUGUCGGUACUGACUUCUGUUGUUGGAUGCCUGUAAUCAUCAUGGGGAUUUUAUCACAGUCUGGUGCUGUAGACAUACCAGACGAGACGUACGCUUGGAUUGUUGUCUUCGUGAUACCGAUCAACUCAGCGAUUAACCCGUACCUCUACACGGUCUCCAACGCGAACUCAGUCACACUGAAAUGUUGUACAUGUCGCAAACCUGGCUUAAUUGAUGCAGUCCGUCUGAAACCUAUGAACAGUCAGCAGACCAAAGACACACAAUCAAACCGACGGAGUAGAUCAGGAACAAACAAUAUGCUCUGAUCGGAAGCUAGUCUGACUGUGAUAAAAUAAACUGGUCGGUGAAUGAUAAACAAUUGCGAACCACAUCUUCAAGAAACCAUAUUGCUCAACAUUCUAAAAUCACCGUAUUGAGCCUGCAAUGUUGAUUGCAUUAUUGGUUUAUUCGAUGGAAACUUACUCUCUAAAUAUGUACUUAGACGAAUCCCAUCACCUGCGAGGGUAACAAGACAUGCUCCAAAACUAAUUGAACGUGAUUUCCGACUUGGGUCAAGUCCACUAAGAGGGGGAUAUGUUCUACACAUCAAAUUUCCCAGGGCGGCGGUUUUUGGUGCUCUGGUGACAAAAACACGGCCCAACACACCGUAUGUUUAGUCCCACAUAAACACAACCCACACGACUUGACAGACAGACAGACAGACAGACAGACAGACAGACAGACAGACAUAAACAUGUGUGUAUUUUAAAGGCAGUGGACACUA